AUGGAAGUUGAAACGUUGUCCUCUAAGUUAAAAGGUAAACGUCCACCUGUUCAGAUAAUCCAACAUAAAUCAAGAAAACGAAUAAGUAAAAUUCAGAAAACCAACUAUCUGAAGUCUGAUACUUUAAAUUCAAAAGCGGAUGAAAAAAUGCUGAAGCAAAAAAAAAUCAAGAAGAACUUUUUAAAUUGCCUAAAACAAUGGUAA